GUCCGUGCCUUCCACCAUGCCUUCAGCACCAACGACUGCUCGCGGAACGUCUACAUCAAGAAGAACGGCUUCACGCUGCACCGCAACCCCAUCGCCCAGAGCACGGAUGGGGCGCGGACCAAGAUCGGCUUCAGCGAGGGCCGCCACGCCUGGGAGGUGUGGUGGGAGGGCCCGCUGGGCACCGUGGCCGUUAUCGGCAUCGCCACGAAGCGGGCGGCCAUGCAGUGCCAGGGUUACGUGGCCCUGCUCGGGAGCGACGACCAGAGUUGGGGCUGGAACCUGGUGGACAAUAACUUGCUGCAUAACGGAGAGGUGAACGGCAGUUUCCCCCAGUGCAAUAACGCGCCCAAAUAUCAGAUAGGUGAAAGGAUUCGAGUUAUCCUGGACAUGGAAGACAAAACGUUAGCCUUUGAGAGGGGUUAUGAGUUCUUGGGAGUUGCCUUCAGAGGACUGCCAAAAGUUUGCCUGUAUCCAGCAGUGUCUGCUGUCUAUGGUAACACAGAAGUGACUUUGGUCUACCUGGGAAAGCCUCUGGAUGGAUGAUGUAGAUGGUUUUGUUGGGACAUCGAGAUGUGGAUGAUGGGG